GAUGUACGCCCGUUAGAGUACUGGAAUCGAGUGAACCUUCCAUCCUCUAGAAGUUUAAAAGGACGCAAUUAAUUUCAGUAGCGUCGUAUAGGAUGGUCCCCCAAUACCAUAUAAUCACUUUGCAAUCUUUUGUUAGAAAAUAACUUCAAGUGAAUGAUCGUGUAUUUGCGUGGGACAAGGAAAAAAUUCUGAGUUCCCAUGACGAAUCGAACCUCAAACCUUCGGAUUCCGCGCUCCGAUGCUUUACCAUUGAGCCACAUAGACUCCACGGUGAGCGAAGUUCGUAUGACACCCGUCCUGCAUGCUGCUAAGAUCAACAAUGUUGAUAGCGUAAUAUUUGAAGAUAGAACUUGUCAUAAUUCGCUCAAGCUGUCGAAGGCUGACGCUAAAGACGUCAGCUUCAGAAACUAUUUACAUUAUAAACUCAUUUUAUUAAACCAAAUUAUCUCGGCGCGCACCAAAGUUUCUUUAGAAAAUUACCCACUUUUCUACGAUUUUGUUUCUAUCCUGUCAAGAAUCGAUAAAUACGAAAAAUUCGAAUCAAAUUCGGUAAUCGAAAAUGGUAUAUUUUUUAAGAAAAAUAUGAUCUCAGUGGGGAAAAAUUAGCUCAAGAUGUUUGUGUUGUUCAAGAUACCUGGUGAAACUUACACAAACAAAGCAAUAUUUGGAAAUAUAAGCUGCUGACCAUUUACCAAUCUUUCAAUGAUCGUAAAGUUAUUGUAAAGUUAGCAGAGGGUUGAAGCAAAUUCUUUCACUUUUAACACCCGAUAAUUGGUAACAUAUCAAAGUUAGCAGACUAAGAAAUGCAAAACCCCAGCGAGGAUACCCAAUGGAACGAUGCCUUACGUCGACACGGAAUUUUACCCGAAAAAGAAGUUAGUGAAGAUCAACUUAUCGAUCUUGUAGAAGAAACUGUCCAACAGAAAACAGGAAAUGUAGUGAAAGCGUACGAAGAUAUGACUUUAGAGGAACUGGAGGAACUGGAAGAUGAGGAAGAUGAACGUGUUUUGCUACAGUAUAGAUCUUGUGAAUUAAAGGGUCAGCUGAAAAUCAUGUCUGGGACUGCUGAACAUGUCUUGAGAUUAAAAAAAUAUGAUUAUUAUUUUUUAAAAAAUAUGCAUUUAACAGUCAUAUCGUCCUUAACCUGGCAAAGUGUUCCAUUAUGUACACUAGUAAAUCAGUUCCUCACGCGCCUGGCUGAGAAGUUUCCGACCACAAAAUUUUUAAAGAGUGUAUCAACAACAUGUAUACCAAACUAUCCUGACAGGCAUCUUCCAACGAUAUUUAUCUACUGUGAAGAGGACAUGAAGAAACAGUUUGUAGGACCUUUUGCAUUUGGAGGAAUGAAUCUUAAGAUUGAAGAAUUGGAAUGGAUGUUGGCUGAAGCUGGGGCAGUAAAAACAGACUUAGAAGAGGAUCCACGUAAAAAGAAUAAAGUUCAUGAUGUUAUGACAAGUUCUUUGCAACAGAUGAACGCUAAGGAUUCAGAUAGUGAUGAUGAUGAUGAUGAUGAAUAGCAUCCAGAGAGCAAUUACUGGAUAUAUUUACUUUAUUUCCCAACAAACUUAAAGCUUCAACGUCCCCCCUGCCUUGGGUAACUCACCAGCAUUUGACCAUGGUCUGUGCCUAGGGGGGUGGGAAAUCUGAACCUUGCCCUGCUGGGGUGGGGUGGGAAUACAAGUAGAAUGCAAUAAUUGAAUCUUUAAAUGUUGAGGUGUUCAAGGUAAAUAGUUUCAUUUUGCAAGUGAAUGGCUCAGAAGAAACGGUCUACAAGGUCUGGGUUUCAACACUUUGUCAAUGUGUAGAAGGUCACUGUCACUGAUAUGGCCUUGUACAAAAAAAUUAGCUCAGGCAUUGAAACACAAGCUUUUCCCUGAAGGGGGGGAGGGGAGAUAUUUGAAUAAAUUAAUGGUCAAAAGUUCAAAUGCCUGAAGCAUUGCUUGGGGGAGGGAGGGGAGAGGAAAUGUUGGAGCUUGGAAUUGCAGGAUGCAUUAUGUCCGAUAUUUAAAAAUCAUCUUGAAAAUUAUCUCUAGAAACAAAUUUAAGAAAUCCCUGUUUAUUUGAUUAAGCACCCAACCUCAAAUAAGGAGGAGUUUUGAUUAUUACUUCAUGACUCACUUACAAUCUCUUAAUUCACUGCCUGUGUAUAGACAUCUAAACAUUUUGUUAUUAUUUCUUGUUUUGUUGCAAAGUUAACUUAAUACUCGCUGAAAAUGGUGGGGAUCAAAUAAGCACCCAAGUUUGAAAAAGUGCCCUCCUCAGAUAAGUGCCAGCUCCAAAGGUUCAAACAUUUUAUGAGUGCCCAGAGCACUUUGCAAGUAAUUACAGUAUCUACCUAUCACUUAAUUUUUUUAAGAGACAGAAAAGUGGUGGGGAAACUUUUUUUAAUUACUUAGAGGGGACAAAUAAUUGAGCUAAGGAGAGUUUAAAAAAAAAAAGCCUCUUUUUCAACCUGUGUCAGUUGUCCUCUUCACAACCAAUGUUAGCAAUUGUGCUCUCAAUUUUUGGCAGUAGGAGGCCUGGGUACAAGAUUUGGGAAAAUUCUUUUACCACUGACUCUCUCCAAUAAGUCGAAAUCAUAAACACAGAUUUCAAGAUUUUUCUUUGAUUUUAUUGCAAAUAUUUGCUUUAAAAAUACAUUAACAGUUUUUUGCCAACAUAUCUAUCUUCUCUGGCUAUUUACAAUUGAUCAUUGAAGAUCAUGUACAUUGAGGAGAAUUCCUCCUUAAAUAAUUUUGUCACUGUAUUAUUUGGGUCAAAUUGUUACUUCUCACAGUCCUAAUACGUCGUGGUACUUACAUUAAAUAAACAAUAACUUUUAACUUUUA